AUGCCGAAAUUCACGGAGUUCAAGCCGGAGGAGGGCGACGUCGACGAGUAUCUCGAACGCUUCGAGAUUUUCCUACGUGUGAACGCUGUCAAGACGGAAGACAAGACCGUGACGCUGCUGAACUACAUCGGGAAAGCGUCGUACCAGGUUCUGAAAACCUUGCUCGUCCCAGACUCGCCGGUAUCGAAAUCGUACAACGUACUUUUCGAGGUCAUGAAACGCCACUACGCGCCCAAGCGCUUAGUUAUUGCAGAGCGCACGAAGUUCCAUUGGAGAAAUCAAGAGGUCGGCGAGAGCCUAGCGGACUUCUCCUUGGCUAUCAAGAAGCUCGCCCAGACAUGCGCGUUCAAGGACUACCUCGACCAGGCUCUUCGGGACCGACUCGUGGCUAGGUGUCGCGACCCUGAGGUACAGCGGACACUCAUCCAGCUCGACGACGAUUACUUCGACGAAGUUCUGAAGGUGGGCCUGGCCAAAGAGCUUUCUCUGCGCAAAACGGACGAGAUACGACAGCCCGGCGUUCCGGACUUAAUGGACGUGCACCGCGUUCAAGGUGAGGGUGAAGGACACUCCAGGCGUCCACCUUCCGCCACUGCAUCCGCCACUGCAGAAAAUGGUGGCCCAGGGCAUUCUGAGGCCUGUAAAAAGUAG